AUGAAGGGUGCAGAAUGGGAAUGGGUGAGGCUGACUGCCCUACUGUUUAUUGCACAAGUCGCCGCGGCGAUGAUGCUCCCCAAUGUUACUUCAGAACUGGAUGCAAUGCUGGCAAGGUUUUUACAAGAUCGCGAGGAACGCUUGGCCGCGGAAACAGACCAUAAGGCGGCUGGUAUUUUAGAUCUACUCAAGUCAAAUUAUACGCAUUCACAUGAACCCCCGAGGAAUUCCAGAAGAGCAAAGAGAUCUAUCACAGAUAAUGAUAGACAAAUAAUCUUGGAUCUGCAUAAUAAACUGAGAAGUCAAGUGUCACCAAGUGCGUCUAAUAUGGAAUAUAUGACGUGGGAUGUUGAACUGGAAAGGUCUGCAGAAUCCUGGGCUUCACAGUGUCUCUGGGAGCAUGGACCUGGUUAUCUCCUACCUUCUAUAGGGCAGAAUCUGGGUGUGCACUGGGGCAGAUACCGGCCUCCUACAUUUCAUGUUCAAGCUUGGUAUGAUGAAGUCAGAGAUUUUGUAUAUCCUUAUCCACAAGAAUGUAACCCUUGGUGUCCCUUUAGAUGUGAUGGUCCAGUGUGCACCCAUUAUACCCAGGUAGUAUGGGCAACAAGUAACAAAGUUGGCUGUGCCAUGAACUUAUGUAUAAACAUGAAUGUCUGGGGCCAGGUGUGGCAACAAGCUGUCUACCUAGUUUGCAAUUACUCUCCUAAGGGAAAUUGGUGGGGCCAUGCUCCUUAUAAACAUGGGUCUCCUUGUUCUGCCUGUCCUCCAAGCUAUGGAGGAGGCUGCAGAGAUAAUCAAUGUUACAAAGCUGAUGGACCAGAUCUAUAUUAUUCUCCUUCGGAACCAGAGGAGGAAACUAAUGAGGUGGAAAGGCAAGGAACUAAACCUCAGGAAACACCAUUGAAUCCAUGGACACAAACCGAAUCCACAAGAACAGAGCACCUUGAUGCAAAUGAGAUUAUAAACACCCAGCAAAUGUCUCAGCUGGUGUCCUGUGAAACCAAACUACGUGACAGAUGCAAGGGAACUACUUGUAAUAGAUAUGAAUGCCCAGCUGGUUGCUUGUAUAGUGAAGGAAAAGUAAUUGGGACUCUGCAUUAUGAUAUGCAAUCAAGCAUUUGUAGAGCUGCAAUGCAUUAUGGAGUACUGGACAACGAUGGUGGUUGGGUAGAUAUUACAAGACAGGGAAAGAAGCCAUUCUUUAUAAAAUCUAACCGCAACGGGGUCCAAUCACUCGGUAAAUAUAGACCUGCCAAUUCAUUUACUAUCUCCGAAGUACCAGUCCGAUCUGCUACCUGCCAGACUAAAGCGUAUCAAAUGUGCACAUUCAAAAAGCCAUUUUCACAUUGUCCAAGGAUGUAUUGUCCACGAAACUGUAUGGAAGAAAAUCCACAUCUAGCGCGGGUAAUUGGUACCCGAUUCUACUCUGAUAGGUCCAGUAUUUGCAGAGCAGCGGUCCAUGCUGGGGUCAUUCGUAAUUAUGAAGGAGGUUACAUUGAUAUGAUGCCAGUUGAGAAAAAGCAACGCUAUUUUGGCUCGUACCAGAAUGGAAUAUUCUCGGAAAGCCUGAAAAAUCCACCUGGAGCCAAAGCAUUCAGAAUAUUUGCAAUCAUUUGA